AUGUACGAUAGAGGCGAUGGCGCUGCAGUAUGUCUCGAUACCGUCGUGUUGGAUCCUUCUGUAUGGCCUUCUGAGGCUGCUCGCUUGCAUUGUGAGCGCGAGCUUUUCCUGCUGUUCAUCGCUAAGCUCAUGGAGUCAGGCCAUGACCUAGACGGUCGCUCUCUCAAGGGAAUCGCGCGACUCCUUGCUGUUGAUGCAUCCAAGUUGCAGGACCAAGUUGAUGAUGAAGAAUUGGAUGUAAUCCUGUCCUCCUUGGAUCAUCGGCUGCCCCUUGAGUGGAGGAGCCAAGCUACUUUGGCGACCGUCAAGUACCUUGAAGCAUCCAAGGAAACCGGACAGAGCCGAUUCACCAAGCUCAUCUCUGCCAGACUUACCAAGGGGCGCGUUGAUGACCAUAUCAUCGCAUUUUCGGCUACAGCCGCUGUUUUUCCUGUAGUCCCGGAGAUCGCGGCUACUCUGUUCUUAUCGGAAGAAUUUAUGGCCUCCUUGAAGCCUGUAUCUGCUAGAGAUACCAAGCGCCGGAGGGUGGAGGUUUCAAUGUUGGAACUAUUGAAUGCUGCUUGUAUCAACAAGGCCUGCCGCGAAGCCAUCGCCAAGAAUUUCUCUGAUUGGCUUUCUCACACCUUGACGAACGGCAGCGAUGAGUCGUCCGAAUUGGCAGCGGUGGUAUUGGCUAAGAUACGUGUUUCUGACAAGGAUGCGGGAUCUAAUGGUCAGGUGCAGGGUGAUGAUGCCAGCGUCGCCGAAUUGGUUGAACGAUUUAAGACUAUAAUGUCAAGCCGCAGGGCUGAGAAUAUUCAAAACGUAAUUGAGGGCUUGGCAUACUCAUCUGUGAAGCCGAUUGUGAAGGAACAACUUGCCAAAGACUCGACUUUCCUGCGGGAUCUAGUCAAGGUCUUGCAUGAGAACUUGAGCGAUUCGUCGGUCCUCUAUGGUGGCCUCAUGAUUAUCGUGAACAUCACCCAGUUUCUUCCGAAUUUGACCGAAGAACAAAAGAAGAUGUCUCAACUCAAGUCGUAUGCAGAGGCGUCUCCCGAUGCCCGGGCGGGUCUAAACCCUCUCGAGAAGGAUGAAAGCGUUAUCGCUCGUUGCAAUGCCGUCAUUGAAGCUGGCAUUAUGCCGCUUUUUAUUGAGUGCAGCAAAACAAACCUCCCCUCUGUCCAGGGCCUUGUAAGCAAAAUCACUCUUUCACUGUCCCGGAAUCAGAAAACCAGAGGAACCCUAGCCCAGCAGGGUGGUGUCAAACUAUUGCUCAAUAUUGGCACUUCGAGACAGGGGGUCUCUGGUUCGAUUGCAAACGACGCUGUUCCUAAUGCCUCCCACGCAUUGGCACGCAUUCUUAUCUCCGUGAAUCCGUCACACGUGUUCCCUCCGUCUGGAUUCCCGCAGGUUACUUCAGCUAUCCGACCCUUAACUGCGCUUCUGGUGGUCCCUGAGACUUCAGCGGACCAGCCACGCGAUCUUUUGCCCAUUUUUGAAAGCCUUCUUGCGCUCACAAAUCUCGCUUCUCAUCCGGAUGAAAGUGCGCCGGAUGCCAUUGUCCGACAGGCAUGGUCAGUGAUCGAGGACCUGCUGCUUUCCAACAGUCCCUUGAUUCAACGGGCUGCAUGUGAGUUAGUGUGUAACCUGAUGACUUGUGAGGCUGGGAUAGUGAAAUUUGCGGACGGCUCUAAACGGGCAGGGCAACGCCUGCAUAUUUUGCUAGCUCUGACUGACGCUGAUGAUAUUGCAACGCGGAGAGCCGCUGGAGGUGGCCUAGCUAUGCUCACUGAAUUUGAUUCCGUGGUCGCUGCCGUCUUGGACAAGCCUCGUGGUGUACCGCUCUUGCUACGUCUUUGCCAGGAAGAUGAUGAGGGGUUGUUGCACCGAGGGGUAGCAUGCGUGCGGAACAUGAGCUGCAUCGCGUCAGGUGAUAUUGGCCGGCGCGCAAAAGAAGCUCUCAAGAAGGGCGGCGCGGUUGAUAUACUGUCCAAUGUGCUGAAGAAGUCGAGGAAUCCCGCGGUCCUCCAAACCGGGGUUGAAGCAUUGAAGCCUCUCGUUGAGUAA